CAGCUGUUGCUCUUCUCGUCAGCAGGACCCUCCUCUUCCUCCUCUGACCUUCCUCUGCCUGCGGAGCUUCACCUCCUCUCCUUCGCCACCCGGAUCCUGUGACCGAGGAUGGAGACGUCAGUGGAAGCAGCCGAGCUGUUGGUGCCGUCGCCCCUGGAAACCGGGAAUUUGGACGGAGACUCCGCCUCCUCAGUGACCUUUGACCCCAUGGAGGAGUUCAGCCAGCGGCUGCAGGACAUCCUGAGGACGCACGGCUCGGCCGACGGCCUCCUGGACAAACCGGUCGCCACGGACGAGACGGAAAAAACCCCAGAGGAGGUCAAAGGUGACAUGGAGACAGACGUGUCCCUCAUCCGGCAGCGCCUGACCAACCUGCCGUCCACAGAGGACCGACUGGAGGAACUGGUGCAGCAGUUCGCUGAACUGGCGGCGCUGUGGCGCGGCGAGCAGCAGCAGAAGAGCGCGCUGCAGCAGAAACUCUGCCACCUGCUGGAGGAACGGCGCUGCAGCAUAGCGGCGCGCAGCCAGCUGGAGGCGCUGUGCAGAGACCUGCAGGCUCACUACGGCGCGCUGCGGGAGGAAACGCUGCGGCGCUGCAGGGAGGACGAGGAGAAGCGGAGCGACAUCACCAACCACUUCCAGGAGACGCUAGAGGAGAUCCAGGCUCAGAUCGAGCUGCACAGCGGCCGCAACGACAAGCUGCGGCAGGAAAACGCCAACCUGACCGACAAGCUGGAGAGCCUCAUGAGCCAGUAUGAGAGGCGGGAGGAGGUGAGAGGAGGCGAGAGGGAGGCAGGAGGAGGCGGGAGGAGACCGUCUGUAACCGCGUCUGUUUCUGUUCCCUCUGACCAGUUACUGGUUCAGGCCGCUGAGUGGAAACUGCAGGCUAAGACUCUCAGAGAGCAGGCGACUGUCAUGCAGGCACAGCUGGCGCUCUACGCUCAGAAGUUUGACGAGUUUCAGGCAACGCUGGCCAAGAGCAACGAGAUCUACGUCCGCUUCAAACAGGAGAUGGACAACAUGACUGAGAAGAUGAAGAAGGUGGAAAAGGAGGCAAACCUUUGGAAGACCAGGUUUGAGAACUGCAACAAGACGCUGAUUGACAUGAUUGAGGAGAGAACAGAGAAAGGCAGAGAGUACAACCUGUUCGUCCUGAAGAUCCAGAAGCUGGAGAAGCUCUGCCGUGCUCUGCAGGAGGAGAGGAAAGGACUCUACGACAAGAUCCGAGAGGUCCGCCAGUCCAGCGCCGGCCUCCCGUCCAAGCUAGCCAACUUCACAGAGAACGCUGGAGUUCCUGAAGACGCUGCCAUGCCGGACCUGGAGGGGCUUCAGGAGCUCCAGGAGGACGACCCGGUUCUGACGGAGAACAUCGCCCGGCUGCGGCAGGAGCAGGCCAAGCUGCAGGAGUUCGCUGCCGCCCUGCUGGCCGCGUCGGGCGAUAACGAGGAGCAGGACGAGAAAAAGGAGCUGAGCGCCGAAGAUGAUGUCAUCGUCUCCGCCAUCGCUCAGUUCCAAACCAGAACCGACAUCAAGGAAGGUCCGGCUUCAGCGCCUGGUCAGGCAGAAGGCGGAGAAGAGAAGGCUGAAGAUCCACCUGUGGUUCUGCUGAAGGCUCCAGAACUGCAGGUAACCGGGUCAGAACCAUCCGACCCGGUUAUGCCUCCGGAGGUGGAGCAGAGUCCGACACAAAUCAGAGAGAAUGUCCAACAGUCAGCAACCUCAGAACCAGGCAGGGCGGAUCCAGAACCAGGCAGGGCGGAUCCAGAACCAGGCAGGGCGGAUCCAGAACCAGGCAGGGCGGAUCCAGAACCAGGCAGGGCGGAUCCAGAACCAGGCAGGGCGGAUCCAGAACCAGAAGCUUUAGAGACAGAACGUCUGAAGGAGACCAGUUUGGUGAAACCAGUCCUCCCAGUGGAAGAGGUUCUGGUCCAGCAGUUGACCAGUGGGCCAGAACCAGGAGAGUCCAGUAAACCGUCUGAUGGGUCAACCAAAGCAGCCGGUGGGAAGCAAAUCCCCAAGAAGAAGAAGAAAAGAAACAGCAAGAGCAGCAGCUGAACCUCGAGCCGUGUGUGUGUGUGUGUGUGUGUGUGUCUGUGUGUUUGUUUGUAAUACCUUGUGGGGACCAUUUCCCUGACACUACGUUGUGGGGACCCACUGCUUCUUGUUGGACCGAAGCCUGGUCUCCACAAGGGGAAACUCUGUUUUUGGGUCAGAUAUAGGACUACGGUGUGAAUUGAGUUUUGGUUAGAGUUAGGAUAAGGUUUAGGCCAUAGAAAUGAAUGGAAGUCAAUGGAAAGUCCCCACAAAGAUAGCAAUGCAAAUGCGUGUGUGUGUUUGUAAAGGUCAGCUGUCUGAAUGAAGAUGUAGCUUGACCAGCUGGAAGAGAUGCCUCACUAACUACUACAUUUACUGCAUGUUUAGUGAAUCUAAAGCCAGAGUUGGUAUCCAUGGCAACCGCAAUCAAUAAAGUGAUUUUUUU